AUGAGAAUGCAAUAUAACAUUUGGUCGAAUUCCAGAGAUAGCAAAAUUUCUAAAAUUAAUUCUCAGCAAUGAAAACGGUUGUAUAUCUUUGUUUAGUAGGAAUUUCUCAUGGCUUUCUUUUUAAUCUGAAUACGCAUGGUGGAUCAAAGACAAUUAAUGCCAAAACAGAUGUUCGCCCUGAGUGUAUUGACUGGGCACAUAAUGGUACAUGUGAUUUUUAUGAUUGUUUCGAACAAAGAUUUCCAUGUGGAAGUUCUGGUUAUGCAUUAGGAUAUGGUGGUAAAUACUGCAGAAAAUUUCAACAGCCUCAGUUCAGAAGCUUGUUUAACACGGCAGGUCAAAUUUUUCUCGACAAAAUGUCAAAAUGUGAAAUGGACGCAGUUUUACCAUUCUACGAACAGCAAUCCAUUACAUGCUCUACAGAAUACGACCUGGUUUUUAAACAUCAGGAGGACUGUUACAUUCAGAGUGGUUACUGUGAUGUAGUUUUAGAUAACUUUGAUGGUUUUUUGAAAACCUUCGAUAGAGCAGACUUUUUGAAUUUUAAAUUAAUCAAUCAGGUUUUGAAUGCUGCAAAACGUUGCCAUGUAGAUAUAUCACAGGCAAUAAUUUCUAAAUAUCUCGGAAGAUAGCUGUUUUGAAGGAGUAGUGAACAAAGACUAGAUAAUAUUGAAUUAAAUUGAUAUGAACAUACUUGA